CCACUUAAAUGAUAUACUGCAAAGUCCUAGCAAAAACAUGAGAUGUCUAGAUAUCUUCUUACGAUUUCGUGUUUUCUUUUGAUACGGAUCUCAGUUCCCAUCAGCUCCACGUCGGUAGAAGUUCAGAAGCUCAAUAUGCCCUUCAAGGAGGCCGCCACCUGGUCGAGAAUGCUGGAUGACAUGGGUCAGUCCCAUGUCCACAGACUAUACAAUGCAUAUCGGGAUCGUUUGAGAGGCGAGGGCGAUGAUGUCGAAGGUGAGGUAAAAAUAAGUGCAAUGGAAUUGAAAGAUGUUGCUAGGAAAUCAACUGAGCCCAAAGCUUUAGAAAGGGCUGCUUUAGAAAUUCCCAUUUUCUCCGAUGACUGGCCUGUUUCACGGGAAAAACCAAUCGAACCCAUUGCCAAAGAAAAAGAUCCCCCCAUUAUCAAAUACGAUGCCACCGAUGAUCAGCCACAUCCAUCAGGAAAAUGCCUUGCCCGUCUUCCAAUUCAGAGUAGAGCAAAUCAAAGUGAUAUAGUAAAACCAAAGGCUAAAGCUCCUUUGGUAAGUAGUGUGAUUAUACUAAAAAUGGAUGUGCCGGAAAAAAUGCUAAGAGUAAAACCGCCAGAAAAGAUGAAGGAUCCUGGUGAGCGUCGAAUCUUCGAACUAAAUCGUAUAUACAACGAGUUUUUGAAAGCCUGGCAACAGCCUGUUCAAAGUUUACCCGCCAAGACUGAAACCCCAAACAAAGUCACGAGCUCUUUAGGAUCACAGCGAUUGAGUGCACUAUUCGAAUUAAUGGAUGUGGUGGAGCGACUUCAAAAGAGCGAUUUGGUUAAAGAAUUGGCCCAAAAGAUUAACGAGGAAAUGGAACCCAAUCUGCAGAAUCAAAUCAAGCAGGAUGCUCUUCUGGUAACAGAAAGUAGAGCCUCAUUGAGAGCUAUUAAAAAGAAUGAUCUUUCCGGGAUCUUUGAAAAUGUGGAGCCCGGAAGCGCUUCCAUAGCGUUCAAGAGAAUGUUGGAUGAUAUUAACUCCAGAAGAUCAACGAUCAAAGCUGGUGGACUGUACGAUGAGUACAAGAAGGGUUUUUGUGAGCUAUUCAGCAAUCAAAAAUUUCCCAGGGAGUCGCUGAUUACCAGCGAAGCGGAUUAUCCUUUGGAUAGCGAAACGAGUCGAAAAAAUAAUGACAAUUUCCCCUGUCGGUGUGAUAACUCAAAACCAACUCCCUUAAGAACUAACCAACCAGAAGAUAAGACCCAAAGCAAAGUCAGUGCGCCGGUUGCAAAUGCCAAACCAAAAAUGAAGUAUCUAAAGGCCCUGGAAACAUAUGUUAAAAUGAACAAGGAGACUAACCAAAACGGCGGUGUUGUUACGGUUGAAAAUCCGAGGACAAACAUAAACUAUCUGAAGGCCCUGGAAACCUUUCUUAAAAUGAACAAGGAGAGUAACGAGAACGGCGGCUUAAAGCCUUAUUAUUUACCAAAUUCUAAAAAUCGUCAGCUUGUUUGGAAUGACAUCCCCCUGAUUAAACCAGGUCUCAGUGAAUCGCCCAAGAAAACUUUGGAAAGUAAACCGAAAUAUAAGCCUUCUAGCACACCCAUCAAAGAGAAUGUUGUGCCUGAAAAGGAAUCCAAGAAAGAACAGAAUUUUAAAACUAUUCCAAAACAAGAGACUAAAGGAGUUCACCAGUGUACACCGAAGACUGAGACUAAAUUGGAGCAGGGUUUCUCAAAAGCUGAAAGUAAAGGCGAGCAGUGUAUCCCAAAAUCAGAGAAUAAAUUGGAGCACGGUAGCCCGAAAUCUGAAACUAAAUUGGAUCAGGGUAUCCCAAAAACUGAGACUAAAGCCCACUCCAUUAAUCCCUGGCAAGAUGUUUUCUCAGGACUGGAUCCAAAACAAAUAAUUAGCGGAUUGAAGGCCAUCAAACAAUCUUCCUUCUUCAACCUGGCUGAUGAGUAUCAGAAGCAAAUCGACAACCUUAAUCAGGCAUUGAAAACGAAGCAAAGUUGGUGGAAGGAGGUUGUGGAGAGGGGCAAAGCUCCUGUCAGGACACCCAUGAAAAGGAAUGUACUCAUGAAUAAUGCCCCAACUGGAUCCGCUAUGCCAGUGCCAUAUCCCGAGGUUCUAGUCAAUCAGGCUCCACAAAUGAAUUGCCAUAACGUCAUUGAUAACAUGGCCUCUCAAAUGAAUCUUUCACCUUUGGAGAUGGCUCAGAGAAUUGUGGGAACUAGUCAAAAUACUGCAUUCAAUUCAGGAGCUGGUCGAGUUGGAUUCGUGCAAACUAACAUACAACCAGCUAGUCAGAUCGGAAGUGGCUCCAAGAAAGGACAAGGUUUCAUGUGCCAAGUACCAUGUCAACCAAUGGGUCAACAGCCACAACCCCAGCAACAACAAGAUUCCCCGGAGCAAACGGAGCAAACGGGGAUUUCCCCGGUGCUAGACAAGAUCCUCCAGCGUUUGGAGAACAUUCAGGCCACCAAAUGCAAUCAGACGACAGAAGAGGUGUCGGAGAAGGAACUGCCCUGCUGUUUUGUGGAUCCAGCUGAUGGUGCCCCGUGUGAUCUGAAUGGCUCCUGGGAAUCUCUCGUCCUGGGAGUUCGCAUAAAUAUCCGAUCCAACUCUACAACGACUGAUCAAGGGGAGGAAAAGCCAAAGCCCACCUGUUCGCAACACAAAGCUAGUCGUGCCCGUCGCAGAUUUCUGCGGCAGUGCGUCAAGAUGAACAAGACUCAGUUGAAGGAGAUCGCAGAGGUCAACUCACCCAAACAACGCGGUGUGUCCUUAAAUAUUAGUGUGCAGGAUACGGUUCCACCGAGAGCCCACGAUCUCCUGGAAAACCUCACCGACUGGAGCUUCUCGGGUCAUGCCUCAAUGAUCCUCGGCGGACCCAUCUCAAUCUCCUUUCGCAAGGAGAACUCCAACCUGAUUGGACACUUUGUUGGCUACUGUCGUACCUGCGGCUGUGUGGACACCAUUUUCGGGUCCUGGACCUUUUGUCAGCCAUCGCGGGAUUGCCAGGAUAUCUGUAUGUCUAUUGUGGACCGGCGGGACAUGCUGCGGCGGUACAGCAUGGAUGAGCGGCGAAAGAAUCGAUUCAAGGAGCAGCUCUACAUAGGCAGCAAGUUCGCCAAGAUGGAAAAAGAGCGACUGCGUGCCGAGCAGGAAAAGUACGAAAAGCUUCGGUACCAAAUUCAGGGCGAAACUGAUGCCAAUACUCCUAGUCCUAAAAGUCAAGGCGGUUCCAAAAGUUGAUUUCAUUUAA